UAUCCAAGCCACACGGGAAAAGAAUGCUAAAGAGGAGUGUGAACAGCAAAAUAACUCUUUGCGGUUGAGUUGUACGAUAGGAAACAAUUAAUACACAAGAUUCACAACCCCUCUCGGUGACUCGAAGCUGGAAAUCAAAUAGGAUCCCUUGCGGAUGUGCCGGUGUGAUUUGUGGACGCAGAACUGAAGACUCGCUCGACACAAGCGCUCGACCGACUCGAUUCUCCACCCUGCGCCCGGAGACGGCUCUCGCCGCUUUGCGAAGCUACAGCCCUUUCACCCCUGGCUGUACCACAUUAAUGUUCUUACAUGAAGAGGGGGGAGAAACCCGAAGGAUACCGACAGAUGCGACCCAAGACCUUUCCCGCGAGUAACUACAGCGGCAGCAGCCACCAGAUGCUGCAGGAGAUUCGGGAGAGCCUGCGGAACCUCUCCCGGCCCUCCGAUGCCGCCAAGGUGGACAUGGUCGCCGGCGCAGGGAAGGUGGUGGCGGACGACCUCAGGCAGCAGGGUCGGACCAGCAACCCCAAGAACCCGUACCACAAAGCCCUGCAGGAGAUACGCAAGUCGCUGAUGCCCUUCGCUAACGAGCCCAGCUCCUCCUCCAGCAGGGGUGCAGAGGUCAACAAGCAGAUGCUGCUGGAGCUGCAGACCGCUGGCUUUGAGGAGGAGAUGGUGAUCCGCGCCCUGAAGCAGACGAACAGCCGCAGCGUGGAGGCCGCCAUCGAGUACAUCAGUAAGAUGAGCUACCAGGACCCGUGGCGGGAGCAGAUGGUGGCUGUGGCCGCGGCCGCCCGCCCCGUCAACGCCGGCAUGAAAACGCCCAGUGCAGCUCACAUCCAGCAGCCCGUGCUGAGGAAGCAGAGCUGGAAGGGCUCCAAGGAGUCCCUGGUCCCCCAGAGGCACGGGCCCCUCCUAGUGGACGGGAUAAUGUACCACUCCGACAGUCCCGGCCCCCAGGCGGACAUGGCGGGUCGCCCACCCCCGGCCUUCACACAGGGUCACCCUGGAAACAGCCAGAGGGUCAACCCGCCCCUGCCGCCCCAGGUGCGCAGCGUCACCCCUCCCCCGAACAGGGGCACCACCCCGCCCCCGCCCUCCUGGGACACUAACCCCUCCACCAAGCGCUUCUCGGGAAACAUGGAUUACCUGGUGCCCCGCAUCUCCCCUGUCCCGCAAGGCGCCUGGCCCGACGGGUACUCCGCCCCCUCCUCCCAGAACCAGAGAGGCAUCAGCCCGGUGCCGGUCGGCCGGCAGCCUAUCAUCAUGCAGAGUUCGGGGGGGAAUAAGUUCAACUUCCCCUCUGGCUGGCCCCAGAACAGCUCGGGGCAGCCCGACUACCUGGGACAUCAGAACGUAGCCCUGAGCGGGGGCGGGCGGCAGCCCCCCCCUCCCUACCCCCUGAACCAGGGCAGCAGACAGAGCCCCACACCGCUGCAGAUGCAGACAGGGGGACCCGCCUCCUCCCCCACCUACGUCAAUGGCGGGAACCUCCCCCAGUCCGUGCUGGCGCCCAACCGCAACAGCCACAACCUGGACCUGUACAACCUGAGCGUCCCGGGCCUGCCCCCGUCCUGGCCCCAGACCCAGUCCUCCCCCGGCGGCAGCGGGGGCCACGACAUGCCCUCCUCCUGGCCCCACAGCAUCCCCGUCCGCUCCAACUCCUUCAACAGCCACCAGCUGGGCGGCCGGCAGGGCCACCCGGCAAGCUCCCAGCCCUCGGCCACCACCGUCACCGCCAUUACCCAGGCGCCCAUCCUGCAGCCCGUCAAGAGCAUGCGCGUGCAGAAGCCGGAGCUGCACACGGCCGUGGCUCCCACGCACCCGCCGUGGCUGCAGCAGCAACAGCAGCAGCAGCAGCAGGCCCCUCUGCCGGGCCCCUACCCGGAGGGCCCCGCGCCCAGCUACCAGGGCCCAGAGGUACCCAGCUACCAGGGCCCCCCGCCCCCCUACCCGAAACACCUCCUGCAGCAGCCCGCCGCGCCCUGCCCGGCCUACGACUCAGGCAGCAAGCCCGGCGGCGGGAAGGAGGAGGCAGUGUCCGCGGGGGCGGCGGCGGAGGAGGGAGGGGGCGGGGGUAGCGGCGGCGGAGGCGGCGCGGGCGACCGGGCAGACGGCCCCGAGGGCACCGCGGUGACCGACCGGGAGAAGAAGCAGAUCACCACCUCCCCGGUGCCCGUGCGCCGGAACAAGAAGGACGAGGAGCGGCGGGGGGAGGCCCGCGUCCCCAUCUACUCCCCGCAGGCCUUCAAGUUCUUCAUGGAGCAGCACGUGGAGAACAUCCUCAAGAACCACCAGCAGAGGCUGAGGCGCAAGAAGCAGCUGGAGAGUGAGAUGCAAAGGGUGGGCCUCUCGGGGGAGGCUCAGGAGCAGAUGCGCAUGAUGCUGUGCCAGAAGGAGUCCAACUACAUCCGGCUGAAGCGCGCCAAGAUGGACAAGUCCAUGUUCGUCAAGAUCAAGACGCUGGGCGUGGGGGCCUUCGGCGAGGUGUGCCUGGCCCGCAAGGUGGACACCAACGCGCUCUACGCCAUGAAGACGCUGCGCAAGAAGGACGUGCUCCUGAGGAACCAGGUGGCGCACGUUAAGGCCGAGCGGGACAUCCUGGCGGAGGCCGACAACGAGUGGGUGGUGCGCCUCUACUACUCCUUCCAGGACAAGGACAACCUGUACUUCGUCAUGGACUACAUCCCCGGGGGGGACAUGAUGAGCCUGCUGAUCCGGAUGGGCAUCUUCCGGGAGGAGCUGGCGCAGUUCUACAUCGCCGAGCUCACCUGCGCCGUGGAGAGCGUGCACAAGAUGGGCUUCAUCCACCGCGACAUCAAGCCCGACAACAUCCUCAUCGACCGCGACGGCCACAUCAAGCUCACCGACUUCGGCCUCUGCACCGGCUUCCGCUGGACACACGACUCCAAGUACUACCAGAGCGGUGACCACAUCCGGCAGGACAGCAUGGACUUCAGCAAGGAGUGGGAGGACCCGGCCAACUGUCGCUGCGGAGACCGGCUCAAGCCCCUGGAGCGGCGAGCGGCCCGGCAGCACCAGCGCUGCCUGGCUCACUCGCUCGUCGGCACACCCAACUACAUCGCUCCCGAAGUGCUGCUUCGCACAGGUUACACCCAGCUCUGUGAUUGGUGGAGUGUUGGUGUCAUUUUGUAUGAAAUGUUAGUAGGACAACCCCCAUUCUUAGCAACAACACCCCUCGAAACACAGCUCAAGGUGAUAAACUGGCAGACAACCCUGCACAUACCUCCGCAAGCCAAGCUGAGCCCCGAGGCGUCCGACCUGAUCGUCAAACUGUGCCGGGGUCCAGAGGACCGCCUGGGCAAGAACGGGGCAGAUGAGAUCAAGGUGCAGCCCUUCUUCAAGACCGUUGACUUCUCUAGCGACCUGCGGCAGCAGCAGCGGCCCGCCCCCUACAUCCCCAAGAUCGCCCACUGCACGGACACCUCCAACUUCGACCCCGUCGACCCCGACAAGCUGUGGAGCAGCGACGACGACGGCGAGGGCAACCACAACGACACGCUCAACGGCUGGUACAAGAACGGCAAGCACCCCGAGCACGCCUUCUACGAGUUCACCUUCCGCCGCUUCUUCGACGACAACGGCCACCCCUACAGCUGCCCCAAGCCCAUCGAGUACGAAGGCUACGAGGACCCAGACGCUGAGCCCCCCAGGGAAGAGGGGCCAGAGCAGGAGGGGGCCGGCCGGGGGCCGCAGGGCCGUGACCUGGUGUACGUGUAGACUGUCCGCGUGUUCUGCCGGCUACCAGCUUUCUCCUGUGUCACUGCUGAUCCAUGACGUGGCAGAUGUGUAUC